AUGCCCGCUACUCCUUCCACAUUUACGAUCCGCCUCCUGCGGCACCUCGUCCACCGCCAAUUCCCCUCCAUUGCCUCAAAACCCGUCCACCCUGCUCUCCAACUCCGCGCCUGCAAGAGUAGCUCUCCACUGGCCACGCUGCUCCACCAAAAGCCCCAGAUCGCACACUUCUCCAGCACAUCCCUCCCACAGGCAACAUACAAUCAAGUCCGACGCGGAUGUCGCAAGGAGCAACAAGCGCGCAAGCCGCGCUCCCCGGCUCUUGUCAACCGCCCGGAAAUGAAAGGCGUGUGUCUCAAAACGGGUAUCACGAAACCCAAGAAGCCCAAUUCCGGAGAACGAAAGAUUGCAAGAAUUAGACUGAGCAGUGGUAGAGUGGUGACUGCAUAUAUUCCCGGCGAAGGACAUAAUAUCCAACAGCAUAGCGUGGUUUUAGUUCGGGGAGGGAGAGCACAAGAUUGCCCUGGUGUGAGAUAUCAUGUUGUCCGUGGAGCUUUAGAUCUUAGCGGUGUUGGUGGCCGCAUAACCAGCAGAUCAAAAUAUGGAACGAAGAAGCCGAAGUCUGGCUAG